AUGCUUGGAGCAUUCCAGAGAUCCCUAAGGCAUUGGCCGCUUAGCUCUAUCAAGCAGUGCAUCGCAGGAUCCCGACGGGUCCCAGCUCUCUGUAUGGGGGCCCCCAAGCCGACCAUCCUGGUCGCCCCCUCAGCGGCCUCUCCCCCGGCUCUAUUCACUGAGUGCAGAUUUCUCUCGGUCGAUCGCAUAUCCUACUCUACCCCUAACCGAGCCUGCAGGCCUGAGGGCCCUAGCUGCUCGAAACAGGCUUCGCAGGGUUCCCUCAGAAACAGGAAUGGCCCCUGGUGGGCUCCCUAUGCGUCUUUAGUUAGGCUGCACGCACCUGUAGGGACUUGGCUGUUAUAUUGGCCGUGCGUAUUCUCGAUUUGUUUGGCGACUCCCGUAUCUGCUGGAGGAGCAACAGCAGCCGCAGCGAAAGCUGCAGUGGCGCAGCCUUCAGCAGCUGCCCUCAUCGGGGCUGCUGCUUGGGGUACUGCAAAACUUGAAGGUGAACAGGAGCAGCAGGACGAUGAGAACGCGGAGGACGCUCCAUCCUGGAUGCCUUCCGUGUGGCGGAGUGCCCUCUCUUCUCUCUGCCUCUGCGGUGUAGGCGCACUCCUAAUGAGGAGCGCUGGUUGCGUGGUAAACGAUUUGUGGGAUAGGAAGCUCGAUCGAGGUGUGGAGAGGACUCGGAAAAGGCCCCUCGCUUCCGGGACCCUUGGGGUUCGGGGGGCCCUAGGGGCGCUGGGGGCGCUCCUCGUGCCCUCUUUAGGGGUUUUGUUGCAGUUCAACGAAUAUGCCGUGGGCACGGGACUCGCCUCUCUUCUGUUCGUUGCGGUGUAUCCGUCCCUGAAGAGGAUAUUCGCUCUGCCUCAGCUUUUUUUAGGAAUUACCUUCAGCUGGGGGGCUCUCUUCGGAUGGGCUGCAAUUUUGGGGCCUUACGGAAUGCCUUCAAUACUCGGUGGCUCUCGUCUGGGGCCUGGAAAGCCUUCCCAUGGGACCCCGCUCGCUGUAGAGCCCCUUUCUUCAGCAAAAGGGGCAGACGAAUCGAUCCCUGCCCCAUCUCCUGCCUGUGCGCCUUCUUCACCUUCCACGCCAUGGUUUUUCUCAUCUAGAAGUUCGCCUCUCCUGCCAGUAGAGUGGACCCCUGUGUGGUUAUAUGUGGGGUGUGCCCUGUGGACGCUCACCUAUGACACGUUGUACGCCUUCCAAGACGUACGGGAUGACAAGAAGAUGGGAAUUCGGUCCUCUGCGCUUACUUGGGGCCCCCGGGGGACUCGUUUAUGGGGGUCCUUAGCCAUCCUUGCCCAAGGGGUGUUCUGGACUCUUGCGGGGGCCCCUCUAGGCGUCCCUGAGCCCUACUAUAUAGGGGUGCUGUACCUAGGGAACGGGGCUGCAUGCGCGCGAGCAUUUGCUGGAAAUCACAGGCUGGGAGCGCUUUUCGCCGCAUCCAUUGUUGCUAGUAAGAUAUUGGAAUACCUUGAAUUAUGCGUGUAUGGAUCUAUCGCAAAGGGGGCAUUUUUACGUGAGCCUACUGGCACAGACAUAGACUUGACGGGCGGUGAAAGUGCUCCGGACAUUCUUGUCUGUGUGAUGGCCAUCCCGGUGUGA